AUGGCUGUGCAGCACAAUCUUGGAAAACCUUGGCAAGAUCCUGCAAAAGCUUUGCAAGAUCCUGUAAAAUCUUCGCAAGAUCUUGGAAAACCUUCGCAAGAUCAUGAAAACCCUUUGCAAGAUCCUCUAAAAUCUUUGCAAGAUCUUUUAAAACCUUGGCAAGAUCCUGCAAAAUCUUGGCAAGAUCAUGCAAUACCCAGGGAAGAUCAUGCAAAACCUUGGCACGAUCAUGCAAAACCUUGGCAAGAUCAUGCAAAACCUUGGCAAGAUUAUGCAAAACCUUGGCAAGAUCAUGCAAAACCUUGGCAAGAUCCUGCAAAACCCUGGCAAGAUCAUGCAAAACCCUAA